CACAUAAACAGUUCGUUUUUAUUAUCGCAGGAAAUGAUGUAUUAAGUCUACGUGGUCAUAAUUAGCUACUAUAUAUACACACAAAAAUUGAUAUAGAUUUAAAGUUGCAUUUUUGAACAAUCAUUCAGGUAAAGACAGCUAUGGAAGGAGCCCGAAGAAAAGACGAUACACAGCAUCUUCCCUUUGUAGACAUGACUUAUUUUUUGAACAGUUUAGAAGAGAGUUCAAGUGAUGAAGAUGGGAAAAAUGAAAUGAAAGAAUCCUCCAUUGCUACCGAAGUAGGCUUCUCAUUUGUUCUACGCCAGGACGCCAAGUAAAUGUCAUAAUUUCUUACACCUUUCUCUAGUAAAAUGCAGUUGGAGAGAGGCAUAAAAUCCACACGACUAAAUACAAGUGUUGACAAGCUAUGCCGCGUCGCUGGUAUAGUGGUUAACGAUACUGACUGCCGUACUGAUGGGCCCGGGUUUGAAUCCCGAAGAAGGCUUGAAUGUUUGUAAACGUAUAGUGUCUGGCGGCAAGGGACACCUAAAAUACAGGGCAAAUUGAAAAACCUGUAUAAAUAUUGGUGAUGAGGGAAGAGAGAUGGAAGUGCUAUGGAAGGUAGCUCUAAAGCAGAAGAACGGGAACCUCUUUCUUUUAAAGAAAUGACUAUGUUUCUAGACAGUUUAGAACACAGUUGUUCAGAUGAAGAAGGAACAGACAAUGAUACAUCAGAAUCAUCAUCGUCCUCUUCCGAAUGUGAUACAGGAUUGCCUUCCACUGUGACAGAUCGAGAAUAUAUUUUCUUUCCCAAAGGAUCAGAAACAAUUGAUAAAUGUGAUAUAGAAAGCGGGAAAUGGAUGCUUUUUUCGUAUAAUAAUUUGGAGCAGCAAGACUGGCGUUGGUUAGUUUUGCAGCUGUUAGUAAAAAAUGGAAUUCUUAGCAGACUUAAGGCUUCAACGGCACUGAAUUCUGAAAGGAGUGUUAUUUGCUGUUAUACAGCUGAUUCAAGUGAUAAAAUAUUAGCAAAGAAAGCAGCUGACGCGAUUCGUGAAAGUAUUACCUAUAACUGUAUUAUGUAUUACAAAACGAACGAAGAUUCUGUAGCUGGAGUCUACAGGAAAGAAGGUCACACGAAUAUUUCCAAAUAUAUGCAUACUGUAAAUUCUCACUUUUACGAAAAGGAUGAAUAUAAUAGAUGGAAGCAAGUUUUCUUUGGUUAAGGAUUGCUUGCUUAAAGCUGUCAAAAUGAACGUAACAGCUUUUAUCAAGUGAGGCAGAAGAACAUGUACAAUAAGUACCACUUAUGAUUAGCACGAUAAUUUUAAAUGUAAUAUAAACUGUAAGAGGGCAACAGAUAGCGAAUUUCUUUUUUGUACAUAUGAAAUCUGAAAUUAUAUUGUAUACUUAAAAUAUUGUUUGUGUAUAUCUAAAAUAUUUAUUGUACGUAAGAAAUGUUGCUUAUGUAUGUAAUUAAAAAUAUUGUUAACUGUAUAUUAAUGAAAUCCAUAGUAGUGUUUAUGUAUGAUGCAUAAUUUAUAAAAUGUUGAUUUAUACAUUUCGAAUUUUUAAAAAUUAUAUAAGUGAGA